AUGUCCCAACCAUGCAACCAUCCACCGCCCAAGAAAGAUAGGAAUAACAAUGAUCCCUAUCCCAAGCACCAAGCACCGAACCACUCUCGGCCCAGCGAUCCCUAUCCCAGGCACCAACCACCAAACCACCCAGGGCCCAAGAAAAUCGGCAACAACAAUUCCCAUCCCAGGCACCAACUUGAACCACCAAGCCGCCCGGGGCACAACGGUCCCCCUCCUGUGCCCCAACCACGCAAUCGCCCCAAGAAGGAUGGGAACAACAACAAUCCCCGUCCCAGGCGCCAACCACCAAGCCACCCAGAGCCCAACGAUCUCCCUCCUGUGCCACCCAAGAAAGAUGGGAAUAGCAACAAUCCCCGUCCCAGGCGCCAACCACCAAGCCACCCAGGACCCAACAAUCCCCCUCCCAUGCCACCCAAGAAAGAUGCGAACAACAAUGGUCCUCAUCCCAGGCGCCAACCACCAAGUUACCCAGAGCCCAACAAUCUCCCUCCCGUGCCACCCAAGAAAGAUGGGAAUAAUGACAAUCCCCAUCCCAGGCGCCAACCACCAAGCCACCCAGGGCCCAAGGAUCCCCCUCCCAUACCCCAAACACACAAUCAUCCGCCACCCAAGAAAGAUGAGAACAACGACAAUCCCCAUCCCAGGCACCAACUACCAAACCGUCCACCGCCCAACUCUGAACCCGGGAAGAACCACAAGAACCACACCCGCGAGUUCCAUUCUAGCAUCACUGUUACAUGGAAUGGACAGAAAAGUAGGGGAUUCACCUAUCAUUUGACAGCACAUAUUCACUACUACCUUUGCAGGACAUAUAGUCAGAUCUCCAGACAGGCGACUACACUGUCCGUGCAGACGAGACGACCAUCAUCGUUACAACUAUCACCAGUUUAA